AUGGGAAAUAAUUCAACAAAAUUAUCUAAUAAAAAUAUAAAAAAGAGCCAUAAAGAUAAAACAUCUCCUGGUUGUUGUUGCCUAUGUUCAUCGUCUUCACUAACGAAUUCUCUUACAUCAUCAUCAUGUUCCAUCGAUGAUAAAUAUUUCCCAACAGUUGAUCGAAUUUUAUCGAAGAAAAAUAAUUCUUUAGUAUCCGGAAAACGCAAUGAAAUAUCUUCGAAAGAUAAAAACCGAACUAAUUAUUCUCAACCAAUUCCACAUGUAGAAAAACCUUUUCUUAAUACAACUAAUAUUAAUCAAUGGAUUGAUUCAUUACCUAUUCAUGAUACCAAAUUAUUAAAUCCUUCUACUGUCUGCCCAUUAGGAUUAACACGCCAGAAUUCUCUAACAAAUGAUGAUGAACAACUAUCACGAAUUUUAGCAAUAAAAUCCAAUCGGGAAUUUCUAAAUUUAAUAAAACAAUUUCAAUUAAAUUUCUAUUUAGAAGAUUAUCGAAAACGAAUUAAAAAUUCAGCGCUAAAUCAAACGUUUAAAACGCAUUUUUCAUCUUCGGCCAUUAUCAAUUCAUCGAAUCGUGUUAAUCAAUCAUUCAUCGAUGAUUUAAAUUUAUUUAUAACAUCACCACCAGAAUCAAUUUUACCCAAUUUUAUAAAACAUACAGAUAGUUCAUAUAAAAUUCAUGAGCAAAUACGUUCAAAAUAUUAUGCUAUACCAUUAACAACUUGUCAAAUUGAACCUGAUGAUGAUGAAUAUAAACAAAAAUCCAUUCCAGUCGAUCGUACUCAUGUUGUUAUUACAUUAGACAACACUUCAACAACACAAACAAACAAGAUGCCUAUGGAAUAUGAGUCGUCAUGCAUGUUUACAUCGAAUAAUUCAUUUCAAACAGGAUUAAUUUAUGUCAACCAAGAAAAGAUCUCCAAAGAUUUGCAACCAUUUAUAUCUUGUGAUUCCGAAGAAAAUGUUUCAUAUUUGUCCGCAAAUUUCAUUCAAACCUGGUUUAAUACAUUAAUACUUGUUAAUCAAACAUGCAAUAUUGUUCAACAAUUUCUAGCAGGAAACGAACAUCAAUUUACUUGUUUACUCAAAGAACAAAUGGAAAACCAAUCUGAAAAAGAAAAACGAACACCCUAUAGCAAUAAUCUAGUAUUUGCUUCUUUACGUCUGCCACCCUGCAAAUAUCUCAAUGAUGAUUUAUCGUCGACAGAUGUUCGAGAAGAAAAUUGUGACAAAAUUAUUGAUACGUUUUCUCCACUUUUUUCAUCAGAUAAUAAAAAACUUUCCAAUGAUUCAAUUCAUGUUGAUUACGAACAAUAUUCAUUUGCAUUUGCACUUUAUCGUUGGCCAAAAUCUAUCAUUGAUAAUUAUUAUACACAUUCAAAUCGUUCUUCCAAACGUCAAUGGCCAUCACAAUAUUCUAUGAAUAGUAUAAUAAAAAAACCUCUAUUACUCACACCUGAUUCAACGAAUGAUAUAUGGAAGAUAAAUUUUGAUUUGAUUGAAGCAAAUUUAUUUGAAUUAAUGAAUGAAUCAACGCUAUUUUUCUAUAUCUUAUGUCAACAAUUAUUUUCUCAAACAUGUUCGAUACGUAUCAUAAUCAAACAUUGUUUUUUAAAUUAUUGUGAAAAAUAUGGUCUACCAUUUUCGAGUAAUCAAAAUAAUAUAUCGGAUUUAUUAAAUCUUUUUCUACAAGAAUUAUCUGAAAAGGUCAAUGAAAAUUUUUUUCCAAAUUAUUUUAAUCAUGAAAUAAAUCUAUUAAAUCCUAACGAAAAUUAUAAUCAAUGGUUUGAUUAUAUUAAUAAAUAUGUUCAUAACGGUAUUGAUAUUUCUUUUUAUUCAUCAUUAUCAUCAACGUUAACAAUCGUAUCAAAUCGUUCAAUAAUCAUUGAAUUUUUAUUUCAUUUCAUCAAGCAAUUAUAUCAAACAUUACACGUAAAACAGUCACAAUUUUAUUUAAAUGAUAAUGCUCUAUUGGAUUUACAUAAAGAAAUAUGUGAAAAAUUAUCGAACGAUAAUCAAAAGAGUCCGCCACAGACAUUCAUCAAUGAUUUAUUGAAUAACGAAGAAAUUCUGACACAUAUACAAGCGAAUUUAACGUAUGAUUUUGAAAAAAAUGCCGAAUUAGUACAUAGUUGUUUAAAUCAAAUACGUAAAUCACAAACUUCGUUAGUAUUUCAUUAUACAUGGACGAUUUUUAUACAAUAUUUACAUACUUAUUAUAAUGUUUUAUGGAAUAUUUAA